AUGGCGCCUAACUCCCGUCUCAUUCUCACCCGCCACGCUCAGGCCGAGCACAACGUCGACCUGGACUACAGCAUUCACGAUGCACCACUUACGCCUCUCGGCAAGAAACAAGCCGCGUCACUAGCCCGUCUAAUCCCAGACUUGCAAAACGAGGCCGACGUAGUCAUCUCAUCGCCCCUACGGCGCACCCUGCAGACUACUUACCUCGGCUGGGCACCGGCCGUCGAGCGCCUAGGCGGGCUGAAAAACGUGGUGCUCCUGCCUCAAGCGCAGGAAUGUAACGGCCUCCCGUGCGACACGGGCUCGGCAAAAGAGGUCCUCGAGGCGGACCCCGAGUUCGCGGUGUUUGAUCUUACGCCGUUGACGCCAGAUUGGACUAGCAAGAAGGGCUUCUGGGCCCCGAGCGAAGAGGCGUUGACGGCGCGCGCCCGUUGGGUCCGCCAGUACCUGCGUGGUCGAACGGAGAGGAAUAUCGUGCUUGUUGCGCAUGGAGAUAUUCUUAGGAGGAUUACGGCAGAUCCGCGGACGGGGCCGAGUGAUUAUCCCUGGAAAAACGCUGAGGUCCGAAUCUUCGAGUUCGACCCGCAGUAUGUCGAUACCGAGGAGUGCUUCUUAUAUCAGAAGGAAAAUGUCGCAGCUGCUGGUGGCUACGGGCUGACAAGCACGGAGCUAGAGAUUGAGCAAGCCGAAGGGAGGCUAUAG